GCAAGUCCCAUUAUUCAGAAACUUCGAAAGGAGGAACCGCCAUUUCUACGCGCCAUCUGGCACGAGCAACGAUAAAGCAUCGAAUGUUAGGUCGCAAAUCCAGAGUUUCCUAUCGUCAAAAAACGUUUAUUAUCGGUCUCAUCCGUUUACGACGAGUCGUCUGGUGUGAACGCACAUUCCCAUCUUCAAUGCUCUAGGUGCCUUAGAUUUCAAAAUAAGGAGAUGUCUUUCUCUGAUAUUCCUGCAAAAAACUAGAAUGUAAAACAGAUUGAAGUUGCAACCAAUAUCGAAUAGAGAAAGAAAAUGUUUUCUUCUACAAGCAGUAGAUGCGAUCACAAUUACAGUGGGGUGGAGCCUUCUCUACUCGCAAGCAAUAGCGAUGAUGCUUCUAAGACAAGUACAGAAUCCCAAAAGUCAUCAGUCUCAUUUAUAAGGGAUGACAAUGACAUUUGCCAACAGAACAUGUUGCCUAUUUCAGAAAAGACACGUCAAGCACUAACAAAAUAUUGUCGUACGUGUGCUGGUAUAAAAAUGCCCUUGAUUGAUAUUUUUAGCAAGAAGGGUAUGGAAAUGCGACUAAGUCAACAAAUUAAACAUCUAUAUGAGAUCAAUCGUAAUAGUCUCUCAACACAAAUGUGUAUAGAUUGCAUCUACGAUCUUAAAAUGAGUUACAAAUUUUUCACGCAAAUCAAAAAAGCUGAGAGAAAACUCGCGUUUAUCCAUAAUAAUUUGAGCAAGGAAUUUUUGGAUAAAGAAUCUUAUUCAAAACAUCAGGAAAAACAAUCAUGUUAUAUAGAAAAAGAGGUACCAUCUUAUAAGUAUCAGAAAGAUUCUUUCGUCCCGGAAACACAGAGUCGCCAAUCGUUUACAAUACAACAAAACUUCCAAACCUCAACAACUUCUAAAAAUGAAGAAGAAAGCGAGUCUGUUUCCAAAACUAUCGUUAAGAUAGUUCCACUGCAAAAUGAGCCGGAAAAUGAUUCUAGAGUGAAAGAAGACAAUCAGGUGAAUAAGGAUAUCGAAGUGACUAAGGAGGACGAUGAGGAUUCUAUCGUGGAAUUUGAUCCCGAAGAUCAGUCUACACAGGAAAAUGAAGAAGUGCAAAUAUCUUCAAAUUCCUCUGUCACAAUUUACACAUACGACACAGCAGCUGAAUCCUAUGUGAUGGUGGAAAAUGAUAAGGAAACGAAAACUUCCUUAACACCCGAGGUCUCUCAGAUCGUAACGAAUGAGGAAGAAAAGCAAAAAGAGGAAACAAGACAGCCGAAUAUUCUGAAAAGAAGAUUACUAAUGCCUUCUACGAAGAAAGAAGAGGCGGAAGACGCAGCACAGAAUGGAGCAGAAGAUUCUUCACAGGAUGCUCCACAGGAAUGUAAAAUACAAAAAUUAGACUUAAGUAAUCCGUUGAAUGUGAAUGUUGUUCCGAAUGAGGACGGGAUUAUGUACAUGACUAUGAAAGGAUCAGCAAACAGCACUCUAUUGAUGAAGGUUAAAAAAGUGGAUAAACCUAAAGCGGAACCAAAACGUUUCCUUAUACGCUAUGGUCAAGCAGGAACAUCUCAACGCACUGAUUCUCGCGAACAAAAAAUUGAGGAACAAAUUGAAGAGUAUAAAAAGAAACGAGAAAAAGUUCUCGGUAAUCAGUCAACAGCCACUUUAAUAGCAAACGCAAAAGAAGUUCAACCACAAAAGGAAGUUUUGACUCAAAAGGAAGUUCCAACGCAAAAGGAAGUUUCGACGCAAAAAGAAGUUUCGACGCAAAAAGAAGUUCCGACGCAAAAAGAAAUUCCAACGCAAAAAGAAGUUCCAAUGCAAAAAAAAGUUCCAACGCAGGAAGAAGUUCCUGUCCAAGUCAAGCUUGAAAGCAUAGAAAUAUCGGAUGACGAUAAAGCAGAAGAGACUGAGAAAACGGACGAAGAUCAGGAGAGAGUAGAUGGCAACACCGAUGAAUAUGCUUCGAGAUUAUCGAAAUUGAAACAGAAGUGGGAAGAGGCAAGACGAAAGAAAAUAAGUUUGCAAAAGAAAGACUUGAAUGAGUCGUAUAGCGAAGAAAAUUUAGAGAGAUUGGCCAAGGUUUUAGGAAGUAACAAUACGAACUUGAAGGAGUUUCUGGAUUAUCUAAAGCAACGAAAGAUUGUACUUACACGUCUCAAGGAUGAAGAUAUAAUUUCUCUCUACGAAGAUCGUUUUUCUAUAAAAUCAAUUGUUAAACCCCUUCCGGACCUUAUUGAUACUCAGCCACCGAGUGAUGCUCUUCCCGAAGAAAAUUAUUUUGAUUGCGAUUAUUGUCCGAAAACUUUUCCUACGUGUGAAAAACUUGAGGAACAUCUCAAGUCGCACGAUUAUCACAUUCUUCAUUAUUGUGAGGACUGCGGGGAAGAGUUUUCGACGCAGAAAGCAAAGAGAUGUCAUAGUGUCAUAUGUGUGAAAAAGUUGAUUUGCCAAUAUUGCGACAUUAUUUUUGAAGGCAAAGGGAAAAAGCGUCAACAUGAGCAAAAACAUAUUGAUGAUCUUUACGGUCAACUGUGCGAGUUCUGUGGAGAAAAAUUCAAACACCAGGGCACAUUGGAUCAGCACGUUAAAACUCGUCACACGAUCUUAGAGAAAACCAUACAAUGUCCGAAAUGCCCGAAAAAAUUUACGAUGAAGCAAAAAUUGAGCUUUCACAUAAAAUCUGUUCACACAACUUCGAGAGCGUAUCUUUGUGAAGACUGCGGAGCAGAUUUUAAGAAUCCUGCCAGUUUGAGACAUCAUAGAAUCAGAAAACAUCAAUUGGUUGGAAACAAGAGAGAAUGUCCAGUUUGUAGAAAAGUAGUGCCUUUUUAUGGUUUGUCUAAACACAUGCAUACACACAAGGCUUACAGUAUUCAAUGUCCGCACUGCGACAAAAUGUUCAAAAACACCUCGACUUUGAAGCAACACGUGAGAAUUCACGAAGAUCAAAGGCAAUAUCGUUGCGAUACCUGCGGAGUUGGUUUUAAUCGAAGAGACGGUUUAAGACUGCACAUGAAAGUGCAUGAAAAAUCGGGCAGCAGAGGUUUGAAAGAGUGUUCCUGCCAAAUUUGUGGAGAGAAGUUCCCAAAUCACUCGACUUUGGUGAUUCACAGAAACCGAGUACACAAGGAUGGGAGACAGUAUACCUGUCACAUUUGCAACAGAUCAAUGAUCUCGUCGAGAUCGCUUGAAUGGCACAUGGCACAUAUUCAUCAUCAGUCAAUGCCGGGCUCCACUAACGAAUCCGAACAACGAGUAUCUUGCUAUCAAUGCAAUAAAACAUUCAAAACGGAAAUGAUCUUACGAACGCACAUCAAGAACACACACAUAAUCAAAGACCCAGUAAAAUGUCCCGAUUGCGAUCUCAUGUUCAAGUCUGAAGUGCGUUUACGCCAUCACAUGAUGGUCGCGCACAACCGUUUGGAAGGCACUUUACUAUGUCCUCAUUGUCCGAAACGUUUCGUCAACCAAUUGAGACUCAAGACUCAUAUGAUUUCGCAUUCUGAAGAAAGACCGUACACUUGCGAGAUUUGUGGUUUUAAUCUCAAGACGAAGAUUCAACUGAUCAAACAUCAUCAGAAUCGACACAGUGAUGAAAGACCACUACAAUGCAGGUACUGCACUUGGCGAUGCAAGCAAGUAAGCGCUCUCGUCUGUCACGAGCGUACGCAUACCAAUGAACGUCCAUACUCGUGUAGUGUGUGCCGGCAGCGCUUCAAAUAUCUAGGUGACAAAAACAAACAUGAGCGGCGUCACGAAAGCCUUGGUGGUUCUGGAUUCAAACGUAUUGUGCCAGUGAGAACUGUUAAAGCGAAAGAACAACGUACUGACGAUUCUUCCAUAUCUGAGCAAGACCAAGGUUCUCAGGACUCCAUAGUUACCCAAGAUACUCAAAAAUUAUAUGAAGGGCAACAGACACAGGAUAUCAACAGAAAACAGGUCGAAUUGAAGCAUGAAAUUGAUAUCGAGACUGCUGAAGGUUAUGAACAGAAAUACGAGGAAAGCUCGAGAGAAACGUCGGAAGCUACAGAAUUAAUAAUGAACAUGGAAGAUUCUAAUGUAUAUACGGAGGAAGUAACAGCUGAUAGUAUAGAGUCCAACGUGGAGAUUAUAACGGACGAGAUAAUGACGAAUGACAUUUUGCAGUCGGGUACUACAGCUGUGGUACAUCUGCAAGAAGACGAUACAGGGAAGAUUCAAGUGAUACCUGUGAUGCUUGAUCUGUCUGAUGCAAACACUGAGGUCGCUCUUCCAACUACGUCUAUUAUGUACAAUAAUUAAAUUAAAAUUAUUUUAAACUACAUUAAUUUUUUUUUUAUGAACUGACUGUGUGCUCGUAACAGAAUUUUAGUAUUAAAAUUUUAUUAUUAAUUCUGCUUAAGAUAUCACAUAAACUCCUGAAAGUUGGAAAAAGAUACGGAGAAAAUAGCAAAAGCGCUUGUAUAAAAUAGAAUAGCGACCGACAUAAAUUAUAAGCAGAUUGCGGCGAACCAGGUAGCGCGGCCGGGAAAAGAUGCAAAAAAUAAGUCGAAAAUGUAGAAAAAAUUUGUUUUGUGCUUUGCACAAGACUAAAAACCACUUCUUUUCCGGUCGUAUCAUACCGUCCUGCUGCACCUUGUAUAAAAGUAUUUUGUAUAAAUUAGUGAAAUAGCGUAUGCGUAUAAUUCUCCGCGUGGAGAAUUAUACGCAUGUAUGUGCGUGUGUAUGUGUAUUUGUCUAUGUAUAUUCUUCUUUGAAGUUUAUUAAAUAAGUAAUUUCGUAUAUUGAACACAAUUAAACAAAGUGAACAGUUGAGACAUUGCUUUGUGCUCAUUUUCUGUGAUUGGCCUAUUGAGCUAGACCUAUUGCAGAUGUAUAUAGGCAUUAUCAUUCGAUCUUCGUAAAAAUUAUACAUAGUUUGUAUAAUAAACUACAAUUUGAUUA